AUGGGGUUCCCAGCGAAGUUGAGGAAUUGGGUUAUGGGAAUACUUUUCGCGGGUAGGGGAUCAAUAUUGGUAAACGGUUCACCAACGGGAGAAUUUCAAUACAAAAGAGGUUUAAGGCAAGGUGACCCUCUAUCACCUUAUCUUUUCAUAACAGCUAUGGAAGCAUUACACGUGAUGACGGAAAGAGCAAAACAGAAUUAUAUUUUCUCCGGUAUCAAAUUACCUAAGGGCAGUCCAUAUUUAACUCAUAUGUUAUACACAGAUGACUCAAUUUUCGUAGGAGAUUGGGAAGUGAAUAGUGUAAUGAAUCUCAAGCGGAUUCUUCGCAUUUUCUAUUUAAUAUCGGGAUUAAAAGUAAAUCCGCGUAAAAGCCAGCUUUAUGGGGUGGGAAUGAACGAUGAGGAAGUGAAAAAUAUGGCAUUAAUUUUCAAUUGUAGGGUUGGAAAAUUCCCGUUCGUAUACUUGGGAUUAAAGGUGGGUGCAAAUAUGAAUAGAUUGGCAAAUUGGAAAGAGGUUAUCGAUAUGUUCAACAAAAGACUAAGUAAUUGGAAGGCAAAAACCUAUCCUUCGCUGGAAGGGUAG